UGCGGGGGCAGACGGAGUGGAUUGCUGCAGUCCUCGACAGCGGAAAGAGACUCAAAUAAGGAUUUUUUUUUUUUAAAUCGCGCUGUAUCGACUCAUAUCUCCCGCUUUUGUUUCACUGUCAGCCGCUUCGUUGUGGAAUUCAACAAACGGAACUUUUCGCUUCUCUGGAGUUUGGAGAGCCGUUUUCGUCAGAUAUGGACAGUCGGCGGCUCGCUGCAGGGAGCGACUGGCCGGUGUUCACUCAGUAGUCACGGGAAUAAAACUGUAAACUCACCGUCUGGGACUUUUUUACUGGAUGUUUGAUGAAGCGCUUCGAAAUUUUGGUCAGUUCUGGGACGCCGUGGAUUUACCAGGUUCAGGGACGGAUAGAUACUCGUGAUUCCCGAUCGACGACAAGAAGGAUUUACGCUUCUAAAGUUGCAGGAAAAACAUGGAGACUGUAAGUCGGCAAAGCUUCCAGCCUCAUCCGGGACUGCAACAAACUCUCAAGCAGUUUCACCUCAGCUCUAUGAGCUCUCUGGGCGGACCGGCGGCUUUCUCUGCCCGGUGGCAACAUGAGCUCCUCUUCAAGAAGGACGGUAAGGAGCCUGAGCCGGUUCUGCAGCAUCUGCCGCCGCCGGUGAUGCCGGGCCCGCUGUUCAUCCCUUCGGACCGCUCCACCGAGAGGUGCGAGACGGUGCUGGAAGGCGAGACCAUCUCGUGCUUCGUGGUCGGCGGGGAGAAGCGACUCUGCCUGCCGCAGAUCCUCAACACGGUGCUGCGGGACUUCAGCCUGCAACAGAUCAACUCCGUGUGCGACGAGCUGCACAUCUACUGCUCCCGGUGCACGGCGGACCAGCUGGAGAUCCUCAAAGUCAUGGGGAUCCUGCCCUUCUCGGCGCCGUCCUGCGGCCUCAUCACUAAGACGGACGCUGAGCGGCUCUGCAACGCCCUGAUCUACGGAGGCGCCUACCCGCCGCGAUGCAAGAAGGAGCUGAGCGGAGGCUCUCUGGAGCUGGAGCUCACCGAGAGGAGCUUCAAAGUCUACCACGAGUGUUUCGGCAAGUGCAAGGGCUUGUUCGUGCCGGAGCUGUACACCAGCCCCAACGCAGCGUGCAUCCAGUGCAUGGACUGCAGACUCAUGUACCCGACCCACAAGUUCGUGGUGCACAGUCACAAGGCGCAGGAGAACAGGACUUGCCACUGGGGCUUCGACUCAGCAAACUGGAGGGCGUACAUCCUCCUGGGCCAGGAUUACACGGGGAAAGAGGAGAAGGCCCGUCUGGAGCAGCUCCUGGACGAGAUCAAGGAGAAAUUUGACUUCGCCAACAAGUACAAGAGGAAAGCAUCAUCCAGGGCAUCUGAUCCCCCCCUGAUCAAAAAGCCCAAACAUGAAGACUUCCCAUCACAAUCCCCACUGGCCGACAAAGAGAAGCAGCACGACUGGCUACAGUCCCUGUCCGCCUCCAACAAGGGGCUUAACUGCAUCCAGCCCAGGCAGAGGCCGUCAGCUUUCAGGCCCUGGUCCCCCCAUAUCUCUGCUGGUGAUAAGGAGCCCUCCAGUCACCCACUGGCCCUGCUGAGAGACAGCUUCUACAACUACAAGAGUCUGGAGAAUGGUGUGGCCCCCAAUGUUGCCCUCACACCAUUACCCCUGGGGAAGGUGGGUCCCUUGUCCCCGUCGGUACCCAGCACCUCCCACCCAAGUGGCGGUGAACCUCCGGGCGAAGGAGCCAACUCCAGGCCUCGCAAGAGAAGAGCCACAGGGGAGCUCCAGCCACCGGCACCAGAGGCCCCCUGCCCUCCGUCCUUCACUGCCAGCAAGCCACCGCCGCCUCAGGAUGACAGGGACUCUGAGGUGGAGAUUGAAGUGGAGAGCCGUGACGAAUUCACUUCGUCCCUGUCCUCCCUGUCGUCACCAUCUUUCACCUCGUCCAGCAGCUCAGCCAAGGACCUGAGCUCGCCAUGCGCCCAAGGGCCCAUCUGCACUGUCACGUCGGCCGCGGGCACCGCCCCUGCAGCCGCACCCGUCACACCCAUUGCAGCCCCGGUGACCCCUCCAGAGCUGGGGCUGGAGUCGGAGCUGGAGAGCCUGAGGCAGGCGCUGGACAGUGGGCUUGACUCCAAAGAGUCAAAGGAGAAGUUUCUGCACGAGAUUGUUAAGAUGAGGGUGAAGCAGGAGGAGAAGCUAGGAUCAGCCCUGCAGGCCAAACGCAGCCUCCAGCAGGAGCUGGAAUUCUUGCGGGUGGCCAAGAAGGAGAAGCUGCGGGAGGCGACCGAGGCAAAGCGAAACCUGAGGAAGGAAAUUGAGCGUCUGCGAGCCGAGAGCGAGAAGAAGAUGAAGGAAGCCAACGAGUCUCGGAUCCGUCUGAAGCGGGAACUGGAGCAGGCCCGGCAGCUGAGGGUCUGCGACAAAGGCUGCGAGGCCGGACGUCUUCGUGCGAAAUACUCGGCACAGAUCGAGGACCUCCAGAUGAAGCUGCAGCACGCCGAGGCCGACCGCGAGCAGCUCCGAGCCGACCUUCUGCAGGAGCGGGAGGCCAGGGAGCACCUGGAGAGGGUGGUGAAGGAGCUACAGCAGCAACUGUGGCCCAAAUCCAACAGCAACAAGGAUGUGACGCCCAAGGACAUGUCAGCUGACAACUAACCCAGCAGCCAAACUCACCGCCCGACCGUUCACCCCGUCAUCACGAUCCCCGACAUCACCUGCCCUACUGAGACCAUAACCACACCCAGGAGACCUGGGCCAGCCACAUCGCACCACUGUCCAUCACGCUCGCCCUCCACAUCACAAAAAUGAAAGACUCUCACCCUCUGACCAGAGACCAGAGAGAAGAAAUGAGGACCUGUGAGCUCAGUCAUGCCCAUGAAAAGUCAGGUGAAUGUUUUCCUUGGAGAAUGACUGGAAACAGCAAAGUACAAUUCUGCAACAAGGAAGCAUCUGUUUCUAAACCAAGCACUGACUCGCACCUUCCAGACUCACAGAACUCCAAACUGGAUCACAAGAGUGAAAGAAAAACAGAUGUAUAGCAUAAGGUGUGGUCGUCCCUGUAUUUUCUCUGACGAGAAAAUGAAGUGAGACUUUUGGACAGACGUCUGUGACAGUGAAUGCUAAACGAUGAUCACAUUAUAUUAGAGUUAUACAGCUGUCGAGAGGUGCUGCAGCGGUGCAGCCGGGAGGGCGGGGCUCACACUUAACCUACAGUUCCCAAAAAAACGUCUCCCACCACCGUCCUUCGCCAUGACGAAGGAUGAGGAGGAUUUUGAAGACAUUAUAAGCUAUUUAAGAGACUACAUAGCGAUAUGUUAAAAAAAAAAAAAGAAAAAGAAAAAAAAGGACAGUUUCUUUGUUUCUCUGUGCUCUUGGAGUUAAAAAAAAUAUAAAAGAUACAAAUAAAUCAGAAGAUGAACAAAACAAGCAGAUGAACUUUCCACAGUGCCACCGUGGUUUUGUCGGUUUUUCAGGAAGCCAUCACAGUCCACUGAAGGGAAAAGCAUUGAGUUUGAAGUUUGAGAGCGACCUGAUUUUUCCUCCUGUUGUUGUUUUACGAAAGUCAUGGAUUGUCAUGGAGGUGGGGGGGGGGGGGGAGGGGACUUGCAUCGGGGUCGAUAUCUUUCUCUCUUUGCGUCAAACCCUGGCCUGGAUAUUGGAAAUAAAAACAUGCUGUACUAAAGGCACCUUUUUUUAAGCGAGCACUUGUUUUGGAUGAUCAAUAACAGUAUCCAACAGUGUCCAUCCCAGUGUGGCUCUUACUAUGUCACACACACACACACAGACACACACACACACUGGCUGCCAUAUGUGUUUUUAAGCAUUUGGGUCAAAACCCGGAUGUCUUUAUCUUCUAAAGAUAAAAUAAUCCAGAUGUGUGUGUGUGGCCUUGUUUUCUUGUCUUGUAACAUUUGAGUGAUGAAAGCCAGCAUGUUUUUACUCCAACUGACACCAGAACCAUCAAAUCACAGUGGACUGGAUGGGCCACCCUUGGCAAGAACCACAAAAUGUUCAUUUUAAUUAAAUUAAGGUAUGUAAAUAUAAAUAUAUGUUGGGUUUUUUUGUUUUUGUUUUUUUUUUUUUUACUUUACAAUAAUGAAUCGCACUUUGUCAUAACAAAAAUACUGUUAUAAUGCAUUGUACUCCCACAAUUGUCUUCAGUCUUACUUUGAAAACAUCAUCUUAUACAUAACUGCUACCAUAUAAACCCAGUAAGCAUUUUGUUGAUUAUAUGCAUCUCGAAUAAAUACUGUUGCUCUGUUUUCUUUAAGGCGAAGUAUUGUAAAUAAAUGGAAAGAAAAAAAGGCUCUGCCUGUUGCUUGCUGACGCAGUCUGGGAUUGUUAGAAAGUUUUUUUUUUGGAAAGACAUUCUCCCUUUUCUGAUGUAAUAUAAUGACACAAACAUCGCUUCAGCACCGGGUUAAAAGCCGUAACGAAAUUUGACAAAACUUUGUUAACAACAUACUAUACAUCAUCAAAGUGAUUUUUUUUUUCUUUCUUUUUUUUUUUUUUUUCUUAGGAGCCUGAACAAAAAGUCACAUGUACCAAGAUUCAGAUCUUGGUUUUAUCACAACAGGCAGAGACCAUGAAUCUGCCAUCACACAGUGGGUACAAUGCAAUCAGAAUGUACAUUGUGUUAAUGCUAAUUUUUUUCUUUGGUUGUUGAUGUUGUUUUUAAACGUGGAGAUAUUUUAUUGCUUGUCUGUUAUGUUCACUUUUUUCAAUAGAAAACUCAUAUUUUCUUUAUGCAUGAAAUUUGAGAAAGUUUGCCAUACAUAUAGUCAGUUAUUGGGCAUUGAUACUGUACAUGUAAGGGUUUUAUUGUGUUAUGCAACAUAAAGCAAUUUGUCUUAUUUACAAGAGGAAGAAGUAAGUUUUAAAAAAAAGCAACAAACCAUAUAUUGUUCUUAAGAAAAAAAAACUUCACACUUGCAAAAAAAAAACAAAACAAAAGACAACAAAAAAAAAGAAGAAAAAAAAAAGAAAUGCAAUGCUGGAAAACCUCAAGUGCCUGGACGAGGGCGAAAGGUUUCCAGAGAAGGAAAACUGAUGAUGAAGCUGUUGGGGCGGGGCCUCUCAUCAACUUCCUGUUUGCAGGUUUCAAAUUAAAUGACCCUCCCUCACUCAGCAGCUCUUUUUAUCAGUAUUCCUAAAACCAACCAGUUUACAAAACGUUUUUUUCCUUUUUCAAUGCAGAGAACAAUUGAACAAAUUCUAGAUGCUUAAGGCUUUUUUUCUCUGGAUGAGUGCUUUUUUUUUUCUUCAUUUGAAAUCAAUGAUAAGCAUGCUCAAACAAUUUUUAUAGAAGAUCUUGAAAAGCCACUUGCUUCGGUGAAUUGUUACUUUGGGUUGUACAUAAAGACUUAACUGUUUAUUCCCAGUUUGCUGACUUGUCCUGAGGCGGACAUGUCGAGGGUAAUUAAGAGGGCAUUAUGUCGAAAGCCCGUUUCUUAUCCAACAUUACUGAUGUUGCUCAGAGAACGACACUGCGUCUGUGACUUUGGCAGACCUAAAAUUGGUACAUUUUGUAGUUGUUUUUACACUCAAAAGAGUUGAUAGCCUAUGUGUAGUUUACUUUACUCAUGGUUUUCUACAAAAGAAGGGAGACGGUAAUGACAUUGGCUCUUCACUCUCCCACGCAAAGAGAAAAAAGCAGUUUAACAACGUCUUGUUUUCUAAAGGAGAAUCAUUUUGCUAAAUAAUGGACAGUAAAGCAGCAAUAACAGUCCAUAUUAAUAGACAAAUACUAGCCAGUGUGAAGAUUUGAAUAAGAAUUUUCAAAUGUAAAUAUUUUUUUCAUUUACAAUAUUGUAUAAUAUAUGUACAUGGUGUUUCCUUUUUCAAAAAGAAAUCUUUUUCUUACAAUAGCUGUCUUGUUUUUGUUUCUUUUUUUUUUUUUUGGAAUUUGUGUUUUAACUGAAAUGUUUCAAAAACAGUUAAUGCAGUGCGUAAGAGAAUAUUCCCUACAUAAACAUGUUAAUCCAUUUCUUUUCUCCUUUUUUUUUUUACUGUAGUCUUUAUAUUGAAUGACUUUUUUCACCAGUUCAUAUAUAUUUUUAACAGUAUGUUCAGUAUCAGAUAGCAGACCUGCAGUAUGGGUCACACACAAACACACGCGCGCGCACACACACACACACACACAUAAACAUACAAACACACGACUACGCCACUUGCAGAUUGUCUCCCCCUAAUCCUCAUGUAUCUCUUUAGCCCUGUGCUGCUGCUAAUACUAUAUAAACCUUACAAUUCUAGAAAUAUUUUUAUGUAAGAGGUAAAUGUAAGCUUUCCCACUUAUUAAUACAACAUAUACAGUAUGAAAAAAAAGCUUGGCUUAUUCAUCUAUCUCUCGUUUCCCUCAUCUUUUCACGCCUUUUCCCUCAUCUCUCCUUCAACAACGCCCUUCCCCUUCUCUCACGACACGGACUAUAUUGUAAAGUAAAGGACUUUAUGAGAUUAUGUUUGAAAAUAGCUAUGCUUAUAUACUACAGUGACUGAAUGUACAGUGUAUAGAUGCAUUACCAGAAAUAAAGUUGUUUGUCCAGA